AUGACAUAUAUUCCAACAGCUCGCGACGAUGUUGAAACUCUUUGCUCUGUUGCUCGGGCUAUCCAAGACAUAUUUGAUAAUGACGGCGGAAGCAGUGAUUAUUCGCCAGUUGCUUUUCUUCCACCUGCCAACCAAAUCGCCUCUGUGGGUGAAACAAAUCUUCCAAAUGUUCUCGAUUCUGGAAAUGCUACUGGUCACCUUAUCUCAGACAACAGCUACUUUGUGUCGUAUGAGAAAUACAGCAGCCCCAAAACUAUCAGCUCCUAUGGUGGUUCCGACAUCGUGUUAGAAGGGGAAGGUAAAAUUGCUGUUGUAUUAAAAGGUGACGGUGGCACCAAUAUUUGCCAUAUUGCUGACGCACUUUAUUUUCCUGCUGGGUCUAGCAAUUUGUUUUCUGAUUCUGUCUGGCGCACGCACGAUGUUUCUUUUCAUACGGUCCCAAGUGGGGAUUGUCUGGCCUAUUUUGGUGAGGAAAAGGUUGGUAGGGUUGGCGGUGCCAGAGAUGCCAAGUCUCACAUUUGUGCCAACAUUGUUCCGGUAAAGUUUACUAGGAAUAUCGUACCUCCAACUGGAUCUUUCAAGUUCUCAGGAAAUUCAAUUGACUGGGAUCAGAUUUUCAGACAAGGACCAGAAGCUAUGAGGAAGGUUGAUAAAUCAGCUCUCGCUGUUGGAAAGGGACUUCCUGUCCUUUCACCGUCUCUCAAAUUUAUUGCAAAGGAGGCCGUGUUGAAUUCGCAGGCACUUGACUGUCAUGUUCGUUUUGCUCAUUGCUCUUUGACUUCGGUGAAACAUUUAGCCAAGCUUGCUGAUCCUCCCUUUGAGGUGACCAAGCGUGACGAAGAAUUGAUCAAGGACUGUGUCAUAUGUGGCACGUCAAGAAGCAUUAAGCGGUUCACUUCUCCGGAUAAGCAUAUAGCUUCUGAAUCCACGGCUCCGUUAGCCCAGAUUCAUGCUGAUCUCGUCGGUCCCAUAGGUCCUGCCUCUUCAGGGGCCAGGUACAUGCUGAAUAUCAUUGAUGCAUUUUCUGGUUACAUCUAUGCUUUUGCUCUGGAAUCUAAGGAUGAAGCUCCUGGGAAACUUAUCCAGUUCUUUAAGCAGUUUGUGCCCAAAGCUGCUCGCCGUGCUGUUGACGGCAAGGCCACCAAGCUUAUUACUGACAAUGGUGGUGAAUUUAUCUCUGGGACACUUGGAAAAUUUUUAGCAGACUGGGGCGUCAUUCAUAUUUUAACUGCUCCUGAUGAACACCAACAAAAUGGGAAAAUUGAGCGUGCCCACCGCACACUGCGUGAGAUAUCUACUAGAGCCUUGAUGCAGUCGACACUCUGGGCCAAUAUCUACUGGGACUCUGCCUGGCUCUACGCUGUGCAGGUAUAUAAUUUCUCCAUAGUUAAUAAAGCCGGUAUCUCACCUUAUGAAGCCUUUACGGGCAGAAAACCACCUAUAGCACUAGUGCACACAUUUGGCUGCCUAGUUUUUGUCAUUAAAUCUGAGUCUCAGAAACUCAAAGGGACCCUUCAGCCUCGGGGCGAGCCUGCUCUGUAUUUGGUCUUCUCCGCUAUGUCUAAUCACGGAAACACUACAGGAGUCAAUGAAGGACCCUCAUCCUUCGAGUCAGCCAGCACUGGAAGUUCUGUUGCCCACUCAACAUCUGAGACCCAUUCAAAGAACAACGCCAGCUCUUAUGAGACAUUCGCCGAUCUCCCUGUUCAUCGUCAAAUUGAUCUCGCUGACCGUUCUGGAUUUACCGUUAGACAAUUAACCAUUGCCAACAUACCAUCCUCCCCCAUCUCAAAAGUUACAUCACCAACCUCCUCUGCUGUGACGUCUCCCACAUUAGAAAGUUCUUCUUCUCGUCGUGAUCACCAAACCACUCCUCCCUCGUCAUCGAAUCGCAUGCUGUCGAUAGCACAACGCAAUAUCUUACGCAGUGCAGCUGAGGCCAUCUCAAGAAUCGACUUAGGAGCUUUAAGAAAUCUGCGAAAAAGAAAUCGCUCUACAAGCCCAACCACUACAGCAUCGGGCUUACUUUGGGGCUCUCGCUCUUCCGACCGGCACAGUGACAAACUGAAACUCUCGAACUCUGAGUCAGCUUUGGACUCGGAAUCUAGGUCACUGCUGCAUGGUCUGCCAGCUCGUGAGGGUUCAACACUGAGAGCCCCACACGGCCACCUCCAGGGUACACCGGAUCUUAGAUUCAACCCCACUCCCGAUGCAGUUCCCUUUCUUUCUCACACUCACUCGGCAACACACAAUGUCCCUGCUACGUCAGCAUCAGUAGAUGAGGACUCAGUCGUUAGCACUGACUCGCAGUCCCACUCUCCCGCCUCCACAACCGAAGCUGAUGUUGAGGCUACAAGCGAUGAAAUCUCAAUUGCAGCACCCUACAAUUCUGACUCUCAGGGCUCAUCAGAACACUUAGCUGACGGCAUUGACUUCUUACAUGAAACUUUUGUUUCUUCGCCUGCUGAUGAUGAAAUUAUUUUUGUUGAUGAAUCGGCAAGCCCAUCAGGAGAUCCGUCUGCCGGGGCUGUCGACGAUGUCAUUGGCAUUGGCUGCAUCUACUCGAACUCUGAAGAACCAACUGUGAAAGCCCGCAUGGCGUCUGGAAGACUUGACACACUCAACGCUAUUAACAUUAAGCUUCCAAUUUUGAGGAAUGACAUCAAAGUGUUAGAAUCUAGCAAACCAGGUCUCUGCUUUACGGCUCCUGAUGUGGAGAAUGUUAGAGCUCUUAUCAGCGACAGAGAUUGGGCAGAUCUUAAGGACCGUCCUGCCUUCAUUCGAUUUCCGAAUGUGGGAGUGGCGCUGCUCGACCCUGGCAAGAAGCUAAAAAGGGACCCACGGUCACUUGCGGAAGCCAACAACAGAGAAGAUAAGCGCUUCUGGUUCGAUGCGGCCUAUUCGGAAUUUGCUGCCAUUGAUGGCAAUCAUGUAUACCAAGUUGUGCCCCUCCCGGCGGGUCGCAAAGCACUUGGCACCAAAUGGGUGCUGAAGAAGAAACUCAACACGGAUGGUUCAAUUGACAAGUACAAGGCUCGUCUUGUUGUUCAGGGGUUUCGUCAAAAACUUAUAUGGACUGAAGCAAGCCCCUCUGUGUUGGAACAAAAGCUUGUUGACAAGUUGGAAGCUCUAGGUUACAAAGCUGCCAAGAAAGAACCCUGUCUCUUUUACAAGAUUAAUGGCAAAGACUUCAGUAUUAUAGGUCUUUAUGUUGACGACAUCUUAACGGCGUCAAACGUACCGGGAGAAUUCGAGCGGUUUUUCAAGGGCCUAUCUGGUUACUUUGCCAUCAAAGAUGAAGGUGGUGUUAACAAAUUCUUGGGAAUCAGAGUCCAAGACUCCGACAGGACGAUAUCUCUGGAUCUGGAACACUAUAUUGCUGACAUGAUUGAGGUUUUCAAAUUGGGUGAUCAAACAGCUAAGUCGAUACCGUUGCCCAAGAAACAUGGCCUUGAUUUUCCCAGGGGCCUCGAUGCUCGUCCAGCUAACCAAUCGCUAUAUCGCAGCAUUCUUGGCAAGCUACAGUUUGCUGCUCAGACGGCUCGUCCAGACAUUGCCUAUGCUACAGGCAAGCUUGCUCAGUAUUCGAGUGACCCUAGAGCCAUUCAUAUGGAUAGAGCUUAUCAUGUUCUGAGCUACCUCAAAGGCACCAAGGACCUGGCAAUUGUCUAUCACAAAAAUGUACCAGGGGCCUCUCCGCGGCUUCUGAGAGGCUGGUCAGAUGCCGAUUGGGCAAACGAUCCUGACAGGAAGUCUAUCUCAGGCUUUGCAUUCUCUCACGGUCCUUCAACCUUCUCUUGGAAGUCGGCCAAACAGAAGCUGACAGCAACUUCCACAACCGAGGCUGAGCUGAUUGCCGCUUUUUCUGCCACGUGUGAGGCAGUUUACUUCCGAGAUCUUUUGGAAGAACUUGGUGAAUCUCAACCAACGACUGUCAUCAUGGAGGACAACAAAGGUGUCCUGGAUCUCAUGAAGGACAGCAAACAUCACGAGCGGACUAAACAUAUUGAUACCAAGUACAUGCGCACCAGAGACCAUGUCAAAGCCGGCGAUACCCGUCUUGAAGCUGUUGCUUCAGCAGAUAAUGUGGCAGACAUUUUUACCAAAGCUCUGGCUAAGCCGCAGUUUUUAUAUUUGAGGAAUCUUCUGGGUAUGAGUACCCGUCCUCAAGUUGAGGGGGGAAAUGGACUUGAUGCAGUGCUCGUCUCGUCAAAUAAUACCUCCAUCGUUACACCGCAGUCAUUUUUUGAAGACUCGACGACGCAAAGAUCAAGAGAUUGA